AUGACUGUUUAUAAUCUUCCAGACGAUAUAACAUUUACUAAAACGAUUAUAGAACGAGGCCAAGGUCUUCAUACUCCUAAUGAAGGAUCAAAUUGUAAAAUAAUUAUUUAUUUUUCUCCAUGUGAUUAUUCAUUAAAUGAAAAUUUCUAUGCUGAUCUUCUUCCGUUGAACGAAGAAAUAAAUAUUCAUUUAGGAUUUUAUUCUUCAAUAAUUAGUAAUUAUGUACACAAAUGUUUAAUAACAAUGAAACAAAAUGAAUAUUCUCAAUUAAAUUUUAAUUCUAAUGAUAAUCAACAAAUUCAAAUUUCUAUACGUUUAAUUUCAUUUGAACGUUUUCCGGAAAUCUAUUCCAUGUCAAUUAAUGAUCUUUAUGAUUUCGCAUUAAAACAUAAAGAAAAUGCGAAUAAAUUCUUUCAAAAUAAACAUUAUUUUCAAGCUUUUAAACUUUAUCAUCGUUCAUUAUGUUAUAUAUUAAAUUUUGUUAAUGAACAACCAACAAAUGAAUAUUUAGAUAAAUUUAAUCAACUUAUUUUAUCAAUUUAUUCAAAUAUAUCAGCAUGUCAAUUAAUUUAUGGAAAUAAUUUGAAUGUUAUUGAAAAUUGUACAUCAGCACUUGAAAUUAAUUCGAAAUAUGUUAAAGCUUU